CGACACUCGGCAGACGAACGAACGGAACGGUUUACAUAUUUACGGUUCCUUCCUACUUUGCCAGUACGUUGUCGGCUCUGUGAUCACAGUUUUUUAAUUAAUGGGGUAUUUUGUAGAUCAUAUAUUAAAGGUGAUAUAAAAAAGGUACCUAUCAUCCAUAAUGGGGUUCAUAUUUAAUUUCAUUAAGAGAUUAUUUACAAUAACCAUAAAGACUGUUUUCUUUUUGGUUCUUAUAUCUGCCAUCAUUGUUCUCAUACCCAACUUCCCACCGUACACAAAGUUCACCAGCAUUGAAAUACAAUCUCCACAACCAAGAGUUGGUCCACUAGCUACCAAUGGGGCCUUAAACAAUUGUGGAAAACUGUACUCUGGUAAACUGUUGGGACCUGAAGCCUUCCAGAUAUACAAAGGCGAAGUAUACACCAGCUUGGCUACGGGAGAGAUUGUGAAACUGUCUCCACAAGGUCAUGUUACAUUUGUCACCAAAAUUGGGGAACCAUGCAGUGGACUUGUUAAUGAGCACAUUUGUGGCCGACCACUUGGCUUUGUGAUUGAUGAUAAAGAUGGAAACUUAUAUGUAGCUGACGCAUAUUAUGGUAUUUGGAAGGUAAACCUGAACACAAAUAAAAAACAACUUCUAGUGUCUUCAAGAGUUUCCAUACAGGACCGCCUGCCUAAACUUUUUAACUCAGUGGCCUUGGCUAAAAAUGGAGAUUUAUACUGGACCGACUCCACCAGUGAUUUUGGACUAAAAGAUGGAGUAAUAAGCUCCAUAUGUGAUCCUUCAGGAAGAUUAUUCCAUUAUGAUGCUGCUAGAAACCAAAGUAAAGUACUUUUGGAUGACUUGUGGUUUGCAAAUGGUGUGGUUGUGUCUCCCAAUGAAGAUUUUGUUUUGGUCUGCGAGACAUUCCGUAGCAGAUUAAUGAAAUACUAUCUCCGUGGACCUAAAAAAGGACAGUCGGAAGUUUUUGUGGAUGGACUGCCAGGCGCCCCCGACAAUGCGCGUCCCCUGCCUGACGGCUCUGGUAUCCUGGUUGCGCUAUACACUGUAUUCGAAGAAGACCGACCACCCCUAACGAAAUUGAUGGCGGCCGCGCCAUUAGUUAGGAAGUUGGCAGCGCGUCUUCACAGACUUGUCGAGAUACCGUUGGAAUAUCUUAACAGCCUUUCCCCAAACAUCAUAUUUGAAGAAAUCAUAUAUAGCAUUGGACACUUCAAAACUUUGACUGGCAUAGCUCCACAAAUGGCUGGACUUGUUCAAUUGGAUUGGGAUGGAAAUAUUGUGGCUACAUAUUAUAACACAGACAAAUCGUUAGGCCCCAUCAGUGACGCCAUUGUGUUCAAUGGCAAGCUGUACACCGGUAGUCCUCAUACGCAAGACUAUGUCGGAGCAGUAGAUGCUCCUCCUCAGCUAAAGAAAGCAUUCGAAUCUUUCAAACAAGCCGAAAGUCCUAAAGUUGAGACAAAGCCAGUUCAACAACCACCCGUGAAGAAGACUGAAGAAAAACCUAAAGCUGCCCCUAAACCUCAGCAAGAGGCCAAGCCCACGACACCACCACCGACUAAACCUACUGAAAAGACUACUCCUCCUCCACCUAAGCCUGUCGAAAAGACUACUCCUCCACCACCUAAGCCUGUCGAAAAGACUACUUCUCCACCACCUAAGCCUGUUGAAAAGACUACUCCUCCACCACCUAAGCCUGUCGAAAAAACUUCUCCUCCUCCACCAAAACCUGCCGAAAAGACUCCUCCUCCUCCACCAAAACCUGCCGAAAAGACUCCUCCUCCUCCACCAAAACCUGCCGAAAAGACUCCUCCACCUCCACCCAAACCUGCUGAAAAGACUCCUCCACCACCAAAACCUGUAGAGAAAGUUUCCCCACCACCACCGAAACCGGCGGAAAAGGCUACUCCGCCUCCACCAAAACCUGCAGAAAAGGCUACACCUCCACCAAUAAAGGUUGCUGAUAAGACUAAUCCUCCUCCACCACCAAAACCUGCGGCAAAGGCUUCUCCUCCACCACCUAAGGCUGCGGAGAAACCUUCCCCGCCACCACCAAAACCGGUAGAAAAGACUGCACCUCCACCACCAAAGGCAGCCGAGAAACCUUCCUCGCCACCUCCUAAAGCCGCUGAACCUAAAAAAGAAGAACCCAAAGUUCAAACUGCAGAAACUAAACCCAAACCAAUAAAGGAGGAAAUUCCGUCAGACACCAUCAAACCGACUAAGGAAACUUUAAAAGUCAUAAAGAAGGAUGGUCCUGCUGAAAUCCAUGUGCCUGUUCAGUAAGUUAAAUAUGGUUGUGGUAUUUUAAUUUAAAUGUAAUAGAUUAAAGAUCUCUCAGAAAGGAACAAAACAUGUGGGAACUUAAAGCAUUGGGUGGGUUAAUAAUAAUUAAUUACAGUUCUAAAAUAUUAUUAAGAUCUGCAAACUGCAUUUACAUACUCAUGUAAAGUACGAUUGUGUACAAUAAUAUAUACUCUUUCCCUAGUAACAUAACACGCAUUACUUAGAAAUUAAAUCUUCACGAUGUAGUAAAAUAAUUUUCUAACUUUAAAUAUCUGUAGGGGUGGGGUCAACGGAGUAUGCUCCUCUUUAAAGUUUCAUGAAAAAUUACGAUAUUUUUGUAAAGCAGUUGUUGAGCUAUACUCGUAUGGUCCCACCACGAUGUUACUAUUACUACACUACGCCACUAGAUCUAGGCCCAUAGGCGAAUAGUUGCACUGAUUUAUUACCUAGUUCACAUUCCUUUCCAUUCCAACCUUUAUUCUUAAUUAUAUAAUGUUGAGUAUUUGUAUUAUGCUAAACUUUUACAACCCUUGUUACUUAACUUUGAAAGGAUGCGGUUCUUCAUAUGUUAGAAUCUAUUUUUUUAUAAUUGUGAUAUGUGUGAUUUGUUAACAUUUAU